CUCCGUAAGCCGAAAAGGAUUCAUCUCUCUGUACCACUAAGGCUCACAAACGAAUCCCAGAAGCUGCCAUAUAUCUCAACCUCCGCUCUCCUACUCAUCGAUAGCGCCAGCUCCCGUUCCGUUUUUAUUGUUCCCGCGGAAAUAGAAAGCGAAAGAGUAAAAGCAAACAAGCAGCCAGGUUGUUUUACUCCGAUCUCUGAUGAGAUGAAGGAGGGCGAUCAGCUACCCACGUCGGCGAAGCCCUCCUCCGCCGCUGGCGCCGCCGAGACCUCCCUCUUCGGCAAGGGUCGAUACAAGUUCUGGGCCCUCGCUGCCAUCAUCCUCCUCGCCUUCUGGUCCAUGCUCACCGGCACCGUCACCCUUAAAGGGUCCGCCGGCAACCUCAACCGCAUCUCCGACGACUUCCUCGAUGCCCCCCUCCGCGAUGCUGAUCUCGACGUCCUGGAGAUGGAGGAGAGGGAGAAGGUUGUGAGGCACAUGUGGGACAUCUACGCGCACAGCCUUCGGAUCCGGCUGCCGCGGUUCUGGCAGGAGGCUUUCGAGGCGGCCUACGAGGAGCUCGCCAGCGACGAUCUGGCCGUCCGGGACGCCGCUGUCUCCGAGAUCGCUCGGAUGUCCAUGCGGAUGGUCGAUCUCGAGCCCCCGCCUCGCCAUCCCAAGGAUGUUGAAUUGGCUGAAUUUUGUGGAAAAUUUUAUAUUGAAAUUGGCAAAGAACUGAGAUUGUUCUUUAAGUAUAAUCCAUGAUAUCGACACCAGAAUGAUGAGAUUGGAGCUGAGAUGUCUGAAUGCUGAACCGCAUGAUUUUCAAAGGGAUGGCAGCAGCAGGCCUAAAGCAAAGCCAUCAGCCUUCUCAUCAAUGGGAGCCCAAUAAGUCGCAGCAAAUAUUCCUCGGCCCCAACAUUUCUGUUGUUGAGCAAUGCUCUAUCAAUAGCCGAUUUACUGAAGUUUGCCAAGAUUGUUUCCUUAUUAAGCAGUAGCAUGCAGAAAAAUUGUUUUCCUGCUUUCUAAAUUCUAGCUCUGGUGCAUGCUCAAGGCAAGCUUUUGCAAGAUGCCACGUGGUUAUAAAUUACACUGAUGAAUCAUUAUUGUAACUUUUUAACUCUUUUUAACUAAUAUUGGAAUCUAGGAAGAGUUUGCCAAGUGAGUGCUCUUUAAGACUACUUUGUAUGCUCUGUUUGGUUGCACGGAAAAGAUGAGUUUCAACAAAAUGAGGCAGCUGUGAAUUUAUAUGAGCAUUACUGUAGUUGUAACUGUCAAGCCUUCAGCUGGCUUUGUGAAUUUAUAUCCUUUAUUAAUGUAACUACGGGGUGAACAUAUCUCCAAA